AGAGUACUUAAAGUAUCAAUGAAAUCUCGAGGUGUAAACAAACUAUCCAAAUACCUAUCAAAUCUAAAAUAAAACAAACCAAACCUAUGAUGAAGGAGCUGUGUCGCGUUUGCAUGCUGAGUUCCCAAGACAUGAUUAAUAUUUUCGAUGGAGCCCCGGAAUCUGGAAUUCCUAUAGUGGAUAUUAUUGCUUACCAUACUGGAUUGGAAGUCAAGCGAGGAGACUUAUUUCCUGAGACAGUUUGUAAAAUAUGCCUGCAGGAUGCGCAAAAUUCGUAUAAGACUGGACAAACUUCAGAGCAAUCCCACCACUUGCCAACUAUAGUUAAGGAGGAAGAGGAAGUUAUUGAGGAGAAUCUUAUAGAGGAGGCGGAAAGCCAGAUAUUUAUGUGCCAGGUGAAGGAGGAGGUCCUUCAUGAGGAACUAGAAGAGAAAGGGAAUCCAGACAAGGAAUUUUUGCAUGAGGACGAACGCCUGUGCUUCUUUCAAGAUGUUAACUACCAAGUUAAAGAAGAGGACACACAUUGUUUGGAACCCCAAGUGAAGAACGAACCCAUCGAAGAUGAUUUCCAAGAGGAAGUCAAUCCCUUACUAGAAAUCCCAAGUGAUCAACCCGACGAACGAGUAAAAGACGAUGACACUGAACAAGAAGUGAAGUACGAGCCCAUUGAAGAUGAUUUCGAAGAUGAGGUCAAACCCUUUUUAGAAAUCAAUAGUGAUCAACCUGAUAAACAAGUAGAAGACGAUGAAAUUGCACAGGCCCGUCUUAAUUGGAAAAAUUCGUACAAGUGUUCCUACUGCCAAAUAAGCUUUCGCAAUCGAUCAUCUAUGAUGAAGCACUUCCUCAAGCACACGGGGGAACGACCUUAUAAGUGCAUCCAAUGCCCGAACUCCUAUAAAGUGAAGGAGUCCUUAUUGGCGCACAUGAUGACCCACAGGGGAGAGGAGCCGUUCAAGUGCCCCCAUUGCUCUAAGGGGUUUGUGCGAGAACCCAGUCUGAAGAAACACCUGAGCAUUCACACAGGGGAACGGCCGUUCAAGUGUGCCGUCUGUUCGAAAACAUUUCGGCUUAAGGAACAUCUUAAGCGCCACAAUAGGUGCCAUACGGGAGAACGACCCUAUCAAUGUGAUCAAUGCGAAAAGACCUUUGCGGACAAUUCUUUUCUAACGGUACACAAACGAAGUCACACGGGCGAGCGACCCUAUAAAUGCCCCGAUUGUCAGGCAACUUAUGUGGAUAGUGGAAGUCUCAGAAAACACAGAAUGACUGACACGAUAGAACCGUUUAAUUGUGACCACUGCGACCAGACUUUUAAGGCUAAGGGGUGUUUUAAUUAUCAUAUCAGAUCUCUGGACUGUAGUUCAAAAGUAAAAAACUUAGGGUAAAUCUAAAUAAAUCUAUUAUGUUUACCAACUAUAAA